AUGACGGCCUCAGAGCCUGAAGGCAAGGAACUGGGCAUGGUCCAACAGAAGAGGGGACUCGUCACCUGUGGUUUCUUUCUCUUUCCGGGCCUAGACCCCAGGUAUGUGAACUGUGCCUGGGACAAGGAGGAGCAGAACCUGGUGGCCUUGCAGUAUCAUGGGCAAAUCUUCUACCAAACCUGCCAGGUGGUCAGGCUGGGCUAUGAGCUGCUGGUCUGGUACAGGGAUGAGUAUGGCCAGGAACUCGGCAUCAAAUGUGACAGCAGGGGGAAGAGUAAGCUCGCAACCAGGAGAGGUGAGCGCCACCCCUCUUCCAGCACCCCACCCCAUCCUAGGGAGCCUCCCUGGUCCAAGCCAAGUCGUAAUUAA